GCCACGUACGACCUCCGGGUGAAGGAGGACUUGGCUAAGUUCUUGCAGGACGCCAACAUCCGCCUCGUGCGCGCAGAGUGCUCCAUCCCCCUUGCGGCAUGUGACGAGCUUUGGAUGGCACCACUGGAAGUUCUGGGCUCCAAGGCGUGGCAUCCUCAGGUACAGCUCAGGGGUGUCGACAUGGAGUUGACAUGCGAAGUCAAAGGCGAGGAGACUUCUGCCUUGGUAACCCACAUGGAGAUCAGUGAGUGGGCAGCAGGGCGCAAAGACGCCCUGAUUUGCUCCGUGUCGCACGCCUGGGAGACUAGGGAACACCCAGAUCCAUGCAGAUUCCAACUGCGGCAGCUGGUGAACUGUGUUUCUCUGUAUGAUGCUGCCUACCAUGAUGACAUCUGGGUCUUCUAUGACUACGUUUCCUUGUUUCAGUUCGAGCGCCAGCGCGAAGAAGAGGAGCGAAGCUUCCGGCUGGCGAUGCAGAACAUGCAGGUGCUCUAUGCGCACCAGGACAGCUUCACGUUUCGUAUCGAGAGCCUCACGCCGGACGCCGUCUGGCAAGCAGCGCUUGAGGACUCUUCGUUCAAGGUGCCGGUGUUUCAUCAAGCCAGCGGAGCAGUCCAACAGCUCCCGCUGAAGGAAUUGGUGGAAAACCGCGUUCCUUAUGGAGAUCGCGGUUGGUGCAGGGGUGAAGUGCAGUGGUCCUGCGCCAGGAGCAGUACUGCACAGCACCAGAGGAUCGACGCAGGUGACCAGUUAGGAUUAGCUGAACUGAAGGGCAAAGUCCCGAUGUCUCCCGCUGCCUUCGAACAGCUGAUGGCAGAUGCCCGGUUUACCCACAGGUCCGAUAAGGAAGCUGUCAGCCAGCUCCAAGCCAAGAUUUUCCACGACAAAGUUUCAGUUUGUGAAGAGGCGGUGCUUGAGAACCUUUGUGCUGAGGAGGUCCGGCAUUUGACCAAGUCGUUGAAGUUUUACAAGCGGCUGAGAGCCUUGAAACUCAACUGCGUCUUCAUCGGCAAAGAGGAGGCGAAGGCCCUGGGCGAGGCCGCGGCCUGCUGCAUCGAGCUUCAGGUCAAUCUCAAAGUCUUCUGUAGCCGGGCAGAACAGUAG